AUGUUAGAUCUUGGGUUUUCAGUUUCAUGGCUUAUCCUUGUAUUGAUCCUCCCUAUUUCCAUUAUCUGGAUAAUUAGUAUCCGCAGUUCGUCUAUAAAGUUACCAAAAUCUUACCCAUUGGUUGGUUCUAUUUUUGCUAUCUAUUCGAAUAGAAACCGAAUGAAUCAAUGGAUGGCAGAUGUUCUUACUCAUUGUGCUACAAGAACUUUUGUGAUUCAAGGUUUUAUGGGUCCAUCUCGAGUUUGGACUGCAAAUCCUGAAAAUGUCAAACACAUUCUCCAGACCCAAUUCCCUGUCUACCCAAAAGGUGAACUGCUUAAUGGCACCCUAUUUGAUUUCCUUGGCACUGGUAUUUUCAACACUGAUGGAGCUAAAUGGAAGUUUCAAAGGAAAUUAGCAAGCCAUGAGUUUAACACCAAAUCUCUCCGUAAAUUCAUCGAAGAUGUUGUUAAGAUCGAACUUUUUGGUCGAUUAAUUCCCAUUCUCGAAACAGCAGCUCACCGAAACUCGGUUCUUGAUCUUCAAGAUAUUCUUCAAAGGUUUGCUUUUGACAACAUCUGUAAAAUCUCAUUUGGGUUUGAUCCUGCCUACCUUUCACCUUCACUUGAUAGGUCCGAAUUUGCUAUUGGGUUUGAAGAUGCUACACAAAUUAGCAGCAAGCGUUUUGCUUAUGUGUUCCCGUUUGUCUGGAAGCUUAAAAGAUAUUUCGAUGUUGGGUCGGAGAAGCGACUCAGUCAAGCGACUUCAACAGUGCGGGAAGCUGCAAGAAAACUUAUAAGGCAAAAGAAACAAGAAAUGAAAGAAAAGUCCUCAGCAGAGGCUACUGAUCUUUUAUCAAGGUUCUUAAGAGAUGAUCAUUUGGAUGACGAUUUUGUAAUUGACAUUGUUAUUAGUUUCAUCUUAGCUGGUCAGGACACUACUUCUGCAGCUUUGACAUGGUUUUUCUGGUUGGUGUCAUGCCACCCCAAAGUAGAAAAAGAGAUACUUAAAGAGAUAAACGAAAUAUCAGACGAGCCUGGUUAUGAAGAUGCAAAGGAAAUGGUUUACAUCCAUGAGUCACUUAGCGAGAGCAUGAGACUAUACCCACCGGUGCCCAAUGACAGUAAACAAGCAGCGAGUGACGAUGUUUUACCAGAUGGUACUAUUGUAAAGAAGGGAAUGAGAGUCAUAUAUUCACCUUAUGCAAUGGGAAGGAUGGACAAUUUGUGGGGUUCUGAUUGGAGGAAAUUCAAGCCGGAAAGAUGGUUAGAGAUAGAUAAAGCCACUGGAAAGUCAUAUUUUGUAGCCAAGGAUUCCUUUACAUAUCCAGUGUUUCAAGCAGGGCCUAGGAUUUGCUUGGGUAAAGAGAUGGCGUUCCUGCAAAUGAAGAUGUUGGUUGUGGAAAUAUUACGUCGAUUUCAAGUAGUUCCUGCGGAAGCAACUAGUUUUGAACCGGUUUUUGUUUCUUUUCUAACCUCGAAAAUGAAAGGUGGUUUCCCAGUAAAGAAGUCGGAGGAGGAAUUGAAGUCACAUAGAUAUAAUCUGUUGUGGUUCUCAAUCAAGGUGGCUGUUUCAUUUCUGUCAUGGCAAAUGCCAAAUGGUACUGGUGUACUCGAAGCAAAUCCGAUAAUGGAGGGUAUAAAGGGCAGCAGAAUGUGGAUGUGGGAAAAUGGAGAGAGCUUUUGGUAA